CUACAGCUGACAGUGUAUCUGAAGCGUGCAGCUCCUGUGGGUGUAUAUCACAAGCUCUCAGUGUCUGCAUCUUGUCUUACACACACAUCAACACCUCUCCGGGGGUACAAUAGCUCUGACCUCCUGACCCGCCUCAUCCAGAUGUAGUCUCCAGCCAGACACAGAGACACUGCAGUAGUACCCCUCCAGAUGAAGGAUCAGGAUGCAUCUCCCUUCCCUGAUGUUGCCAUCACCUGCCCAUCUCAUCUUACCAUGGCUGUGGUCCUACCUGAUACUAGUCUUGCCCACUCUACCAGCUCUCUCCUCCCUCUCGCUUUGCCCAUCUCUCUGCCUUUGUGACGCCAAGUCUCUCUUUGUAAACUGCUCAGGGACAAACCUGUCCACCAUUCUGAUCUUUCCUCCUCUGGUAACUGAGUUCUUGGACCUCUCCGGCUGCUCCUUGUAUGUUCUCCCUCCCCUCCAUAACCUCUGGAGGCUCCGCACUAUACUCCUGGCACAGAAUGCCAUCUUGGAAGUGGGAGACGGAUCUUGGAGGGGCUUGCAGAGCCUAGAAAUCCUGGACCUGAAAGGGAACAAGAUAGGAAAUCUCAGCAGCAGUUUCUCUUUGGGUCUUGAUUCCCUCACUCAUCUUUUCCUUGCUCACAAUCUGUUGCACACUAUUCCAAAACACAGCUUCCAACACUUGCAUAGUCUGGAACAGAUGGACCUACAAGGAAACCUCAUUUCCAAGUUGCAACCUGGAGCUUUUAGGUCCCUUACCCAGGUCCGCCGUCUCCAGCUGCAGAACAACGUGCUGCAAAGUCUGAGGAACGAUGACUUUUCAGUGCUGCAAAGACUUGAGUUCCUGGACUUGUCGGGAAACCAGAUCCAGGACCUGCCUUCUGGUGUCCUCGCACCUCUCCAUUCCCUCAUCUUACUCAAUCUACAGCACAACAAACUGCGCCACCUGCGCUUCCAAACUCUGAGCGGCCUGCCAGCACCUGGGACGCUCCUCUUGCUGUCCUACAAUCCCUGGGAAUGUGACUGUGAUCUGCAGCGUGUGUUUGGAAAGUUGGCCAGUUUGCAGAGAAUCAGCCUACAAGAUGGCGAAGACUUGCGUUGUGCAGACCCUCCUGCACUAAGGGGUAAGCCCCUUACCUCGCUGGACACUCGGCUCUGUGUAGCAGAAACAGUGACCGUGUUGGUGAUCACACUGACUGUAGCCGUCACCGUGGUUGGGGCCAUAGUAACUGCAGAAAGAAAUCGCAAAAAGGGCCCCAGGUGCCAAGGAAGUGGGAUGUGUUCCCAAAAUUAA